AUGAAUUCAGCACCGGCAUGCCGGAUGUGCCAUAUUGGGCGCGACAGCGGACAUGCGCGAUGGUCGAGAAAGAUCCCACCUGCGUUAAUUAUUCCAUCAGGGGAGGUUGUCACCUUUGAUACGAUUGAUAGCAGUAAUGGGCGGAUUGAGAGGACCUCUGGCGCGUCAGCAAUAAGCUCCUUGGAUAUAAAUGCGGCGAAUCCGGUCUUUGGUCCAGUCUAUAUUCAAGAUGCGCAACCUGGCGAUACGUUGAAAAUCGAAGUCAUCGCAUUGGAGACCGCGGACUGGGGGUGGACAGCUACUAUUCCUGGAUUUGGACUUUUAGCAGAUGAGUUUCCGGAUCCUUCGCUUCAUAUCUGGGAAAUCAAUAAGGAACAAGGAUACGUUCUUUUCAAGGAUAAUAUACGGAUUCCAUUGCGCCCCUUUCUGGGUUGUAUGGGCCUGGCGCCUGCAACAGACAAGGACUUGUCUACGGUUCCUCCGACAAACGCCGGAGGUAAUCUGGAUUGCCGUGACUUGACCGUCGGAUCUACGCUCUACCUGCCCGUGCAAACGGACGGGGCUCUUUUUAGCUGUGGUGAUGGCCACGCUGCUCAGGGCCACGGAGAAGUAUGCGGAACUGCAAUCGAGACCUCAAUCAAGGCUACACUCCGUUUCGAAUUAUGCAAGGACAUGCCGUGGGUGACAAGUCCUCAAUACGAGACUUCCUCCAGCACUCUGCCGACAACUACAAUGCCCGUAUCUGGCAGAUACGCAACAACCGGUGUCGGCCAAACACUUCACGAGGCCUCCAAAACAGCGGUCCGGAACACCAUCCAGUGGAUGGUGGCCACUAAGGGCUUGACUCGUUGUGAGGCAUAUAUGAUAGCGAGUGUGGCAGGCGAUCUACAGAUUAUCGAGGCAGUAAACAUGCCUAACUUCGUGGUGGCAAUGACAAUUCCGUUGGGCAUUUUUGGUUCAAGUCAGUGA